GGGACCCAGUGUGCGCAUGCGCGUUACUGCUCCCUGCCUGUCAGCAGCUCUUCCUUCGCUCCGGCGCCGGGUUCGCGUUGACUGACCAGAGUCCGCGAAUCAGUACCGCUCCGUUCAAUAAUCUUCAGUUUUCUGCCUGAAAACACUCAAGAAUGUCCUUGCACCAGUUUUUACUUGAACCCAUCAGCUGCCAUGCCUGGAACAAAGAUCUCACUCAGAUUGCCAUCAGCCCAAAUAACCACGAGGUUCACAUCUACAAAAAAAGUGGGAAUCAAUGGGUGAAGGGGCAUGAGUUAAAGGAGCACAAUGGACACAUAACGGGCAUUGACUGGGCUCCUAAAAGUGACCGUAUUGUGACCUGUGGAGCGGACCGCAACGCUUAUGUGUGGAGCCAGAAGGAUGGAGUUUGGAAACCAACAUUAGUUAUCCUGCGUAUCAAUCGUGCCGCAACCUUUGUGAAGUGGUCUCCUCUUGAGAAUAAGUUUGCUGUGGGGAGUGGAGCUAGACUUAUAUCUGUGUGCUACUUUGAGUCAGAAAAUGACUGGUGGGUGAGCAAGCACAUCAAGAAGCCAAUUCGUUCCACAGUGCUUAGCCUGGACUGGCACCCCAAUAAUGUGUUGCUUGCUGCAGGCUCCUGUGAUUUCAAGACCAGGGUAUUCUCUGCUUACAUUAAAGAAGUUGAUGAAAAGCCAGCUAGCACUCCAUGGGGUUCCAAAAUGCCAUUUGGCCAGCUCAUGGCUGAGUUUGGAGGAGCUGGUAGUGGUGGUUGGGUGCAUAGUGUUAGCUUUUCAGCAAGUGGCAACCGCUUGGCUUGGGUCAGCCAUGAUAGCAUUGUGUCUGUAGCAGAUGCUUCUAAAAACAUGAGUGUUGCCCAGCUGAAGACAGAGUUCCUGCCAUUACUGAGUGUCAUCUUUAUAUCUGAGAAUAGUUUGAUAGCAGCGGGCCAUGAUUGUUGUCCUAUGCUGUUCACUUAUGAUGAUCAUGACACCUUGACUUUCAUUACUAAAUUGGACAUUCCAAAGCAGAGCACCCUUCGUAAUAUCUCCGCAAUGGAGCGCUUCCGAAACAUGGACAAAAGAGCCACUACGGAAGAUCGCAAUGCCACACUGGAUACACUGCAUCAGAACAGCAUCACCCAAGUGUCCAUCUAUGAUGGAGAUAAAACUGAUUGCCGCAAAUUUUGUACAACUGGGAUAGAUGGAGCCAUGACAAUUUGGGACUUUAAGACCCUGGAAUCCUACAUUCAAGGAUUGCGAAUAAUGUGAAGAAGGUGCAGCAACACGACCAAAACAAAAUGAAGCAGGACUUGCUGACAUCUAGAACUAGGUGGAGAACCCUUCAAAACAUUGCUGACCCCUCCAGCAAUAAACGUGUCACAAUUGCUAAUGUCCACCUACACAUUGAAGCUAAAAAGCAUGUUCUCCUUCUGGAAAAGUGUAACCUCCCGUUUUAAAGCACAUUGUGUGUACAGUUUGCAGACCGGAUUACUUACUUCGUACCUUCGUUACGUUGCUGACAAUCUUUGGUGAAGACGGUUAACCAUGAAAUCAGCUAAUGUUUUGUUUUCAUUUGAGUUGUUAAUUUUUUUUAUUUUUUUUUUGUUGUUUACCAAAGCUGCUUUUGGUAGUUUCUGUGGGGAACAUUACUAAAUUAAAAUAAUUUUAUGUAAAUUGUCUGCUAGAAAAUAAACAAUGCAGAAUGUG